AUGGCCCCAAUCCCUACCGUCACCCUCAACAGUGGCUACGAGAUACCAAUCCUUGGUCUUGGCACCUGGCAGUCCAAGGCAGGCGAAGUCGUCAGUGCGGUGGAGUUUGCAAUCAAAGAGGCUGGAAUCAGACACAUAGACUGUGCAUUCGCUUAUGGAAACGAGAAGGAAGUCGGCGAGGGUAUCAAAGCGUCUGGAAUUCCCCGUUCAGAGCUCUUCAUUACGAGCAAAGUUUGGAGCACUUGGCACUCUCGCGUCGAAGAAUGUGUUGACCAGUCGCUCGCCAAUCUUGGGACCGACUACCUCGAUCUGUGUCUCAUUCACUGGCCGGUCGUCCUCAAUCCAAACGGCAAUCAUCCGUUUUUCCCAACCCUUCCCGAUGGCAAACGAGACGUCAUCCACUCUUGGGACCUCAAGGACACGUGGAAGCAGCUAGAAGACUUGGUCAAGAAGGGCAAAGUUCGCUCCAUCGGCGUAUCCAACUUCUCCGAAAUGAACCUCGAAAAGAUUUUGCCGACUGCAGAGAUCAUUCCCGCCGUGAACCAGCUCGAACUCCAUAUUUAUAACCCACAACACAAGCUGCUCGCAUAUCUCCGUUCGAAAACUAUUCGCCCCCAAGCCUACUCCCCUCUUGGCUCCUCUGGCUCGCCGCUUGUUGCCGAUGAGCUCGUUGUUAAAUUAGCUGAACAAUACGGAGUACAGCCCACUGACAUCCUCCUCGGUUAUCUUGUUGCUAAUGACAUCAUCACCCUCCCCAAAUCCGUAACUCCAGCCCGUAUCAAGGCGAAUGCCACUGGCCCGAUAGACGCCUGGGCCAAGCUUACCAAAGAAGAUAUCGAGAAAUUGGACGGGCUGGCCGCUGCAGGCAAACAGAAGCGUUUCAUCAUGCCCCCAUGGCCCGUUGACCUCGGAUUUGACAACUGGGGUUGA